CUCUGUUCGUGUCGGACACUGAACUUCAAAGGUUCUCAGCAAUAUAUCAUUUUCACUGAAGUGGAAUUGUUUGUACAUCCUCUUUCAUUUCUUUUAGGUUAGUUAGAUACCAUAUAUAAAGGGUGAUGCUUUUUUUUUUGAAUGAAUCAUCAAAAAGAGGGGAACAAACGAACGAUACAGAAAUUUAGAUGAAUAGUUGGAUGGAUGGAUGGAUGGAUGGAUGGUUGAAUAGACGAUGAUGAUUUCAAAAAAGAAAAAAAAGAAAAAUAGGCAACAUGAAUGAUAAAUGGAUUUUGUACUAAUCUUUUCUUUUCUUUUUUUUUUAAAUUUAUAUGUUAACCAUUAUCGAUCUCAACAAUACACUCCUUUUCGUAUAUUUACGUUUUGACCACUUACAGUAUAUAAACAAUGGGUCGCGUUAUCCGUGCUCAAAGAAAAGGUGCUGGUAGCAUUUUCAAGGCUCAUACCGUUGGUCGCAAGGGUGCUGCUAACUUGCGUGUCUCUGAUUUUGCUGAACGUCAUGGUUAUAUCCGUGGUCUUGUUAAGGAAAUCGUUCACGAUCCUGGACGAGGUGCUCCUCUUGCUAAGGUUGUCUUCCGUGAUCCCUACAAGUACAAGCUUCGAACUGAAACUUUCAUUGCCACUGAAGGUAUGUACACUGGUCAAUUUGUCUACUGUGGUAAGAAGGCUACUUUGAACAUUGGUAAUGUCUUGCCUUUGUCCUCCGUCCCCGAAGGUACUGUUAUCUGCAAUGUUGAAGAAAAGGUGGGUGAUCGUGGUGCGUUGGCUCGUACUUCUGGUAACUAUGCUACCGUCAUUGGUCAUGGUGAAGAUGGUAAGACUCGUAUUCGUCUCCCCUCUGGUGCUAAGAAGAUUGUUCCCUCUACUGCCCGUGCUGCCAUUGGUAUCGUUGCUGGUGGUGGUCGUAUCGAUAAGCCCUUGUUGAAGGCUGGCCGUGCUUACCACAAGUACAAGGUCAAGCGUAACUCUUGGCCCAAGACUCGUGGUGUUGCUAUGAACCCUGUUGACCAUCCUCACGGUGGUGGUAACCAUCAACACAUUGGUCACGCCUCUACCAUGGCUCGUGAUUCUUCUGCCGGUCAAAAGGUUGGUCUCAUUGCUGCUCGUCGUACUGGUUUGCUCCGUGGUACCAAGAAGCUCAAGGAAUAGAUUGAUUAUGCUCCAAUCACGUUAUAUUUCUCAUUGUUUCAAUAAAAAAUGCGAUCUUCUGAAAUUAGACCCUCUUUUGUAAAAUUUUAUGUAUUUGUGUCUAUGUGUUUAUGUGUGAUGAUGGAUAACGGUUGGUGAGUGAUAUGUAUGAAGAUGAUUGAUGAUACCUGUUUCGUGGAUGAAUUUUGAUGAUCUACUCUAUUUUCCAUGAAUGACGAUUGUCGAUAAUAAUAAAAAU